CCUCUUUGUGUUUGUCCAACAUGGAUGCUUUUCAGAGCAUUUUAAAGUUCUUUCUUAACCAAAAAACUGCUAUUGGCUACAGCUUCAUGGCUUUGCUGACUUUGGGAGGUGAGCGCCUCUUUUCGCUUGUGGCUUUUAAAUGCCCCUGCAGCACUGAGAAUACGGCCUACGGUUUGGUUUUCCUUUUUGCUCCUGCCUGGGUGUUACUGAUCCUAGGAUUCUUUCUGAACAACAAGGCAUGGAAACUCUUCACAGGCUGUUGUGUAAAUCCCAGGAAAAUCUUCCCCAGGGGCCACGACUGCCGCUUCUUCUAUGUCCUGGGCCAGAUCAUUCUGAGCUCAUUGGUGGCUCCAGUGAUGUGGCUUUCUGUGGCUUUGCUUAAUGGAACUUUUUAUGAAUGUGCCAUGAGCGGGACGAAUAGUUCAAGACUUCUGGAACUGAUUUGCCAGGGCAAGCCCAAAGAAUGCUGGGAAGAACUUUACAAAGUAUCUUGUGGUAAAACUAGCAUGCUACCCAUGGACAAUGAAGAAGUGAAACUGUCCCUUCAAGCUCAGUCCCAGAUUUUAGGAUGGUGCCUGAUUUGUUCAGCAUGCUUCUUCUCUCUGCUUACUACUUGUUAUGCACGCUGCAGAUCUAAAGUAAGCUACCUACAGCUGAGUUUUUGGAAGACAUAUGCACAAAAGGAGAAAGAGCAAUUAGAAAAUACAUUUCUGGACUAUGCCAACAAACUCAGUGAGAGGAACCUGAAGUGCUUUUUUGAAAACAAGAGGCCAGAUGCCUUUCCCAUGCCCACUUUUGCUGCCUGGGAGGCUGCUUCAGAGCUGCAUUCUUUCCAUCCAAGUCGGCAACACUACAGCACCCUCCACAGGGUUGUAGAAGAUGGUCUGGAACCUAGACCCCAGGACAAUGAGACAGCAAUGGUUCUUCUGGGUUCAGCUGACAACCUGUAGCUCCUCCACCAUCACUGACUCACAUUGUCCAAUGCUACACUAAUUCUGAGAGUCUCCUGCUAUA